CCUAUUGCAAGUUGUACCGUAAAACGUGCUUUUGCUUGUAAAACAGUGCAGAGAGAAUACAAGAAACCUUUUUAUUUUUUUAGCGUUUCUCUUCGAUUUUAAUGGAAACACAAUGCUUGUUUUCUAGGUUUUGCUCAAAAUCAGUAAUCGCAUCAUCAAAAAACCCCAGAAAUCCGUUAUCCUCAUCACCACCUUUUCAUUCUUGUCCUUCUUGUUUCGUUCAAUCAAAAAAUGGGGUCUCUUUUACACCCCAAUGCUUCCCAGCUUCUCAAAAGUUAAGGGCUAUAAGCAGGUUAGAGUGUACAAACAGUGUAGCAAAAGUAAACAAUGUUGUUUCUGAGAAGGAAGAUUCAAAAACAUGGGUUAAACGAAAAAGGCUAGCGGUUUUUGUCUCUGGUGGAGGCUCGAAUUUAAGGUCAAUUCACCAAGCUUGCGUUGAGGGCCCUGUCAAUGGAGAUGUGGUUGUUUUGGUCACUAAUAAACAUGCUUGUGGAGGUGCCCAAUAUGCUGCAGGAAAAGGCAUCCCCGUUAUUUUGUUCCCAAAAACAAAAGAUGAACCCGAUUGUCUGCCUUCAGAUGACCUUGUAAAGGUUCUUAGGGAAUUUGAGGUUGAUUUCAUUCUUCUUGCUGGAUAUCUGAAACUUAUACCGGUGGAGUUGAUUCGAGCUUAUCCUAGAUCAAUUUUUAACAUCCAUCCAUCUCUUCUUCCAGCUUUUGGAGGCAAGGGUUAUUAUGGUAUGAAAGUGCAUAAAGCAGUUAUUGCUUCUGGAGCAAGAUACUCUGGUCCAACGAUACAUUUUGUCGAUGAGCAUUAUGAUACAGGUCGGAUACUUGCUCAAAGAGUUGUCCCUGUGCUUGCAAAUGACACUGCAGAGGAGCUAGCUGCUAGGGUUCUUCGGGAGGUGAGGAGCAUAAAUUAUAUGUGGAGGUGACUGCUGCUUUAUGUGAAGACCGGAUAGUUUGGAGACAAGAUGGUGUCCCUCUUGUUCGAAGUAAAGAUAACCCUAAAGAAUUUUACUAACAGAAUUAAUAUCGGCACUUGCAUACAGUGCUAUGAGACCUUCAAAAGGUUCAAUUUUUCCAAAGAAUGCUCCACUUCGGCUAAAAACUAGAAACAAUCCCCUUUUUAAAUCCUUGUAAUGCAUUAAUGAAGUGCCUCACAUGAUUCUUCUUGUUUUACAAUAGUCUACAUCUGAUGGCAGCUUUAGCAGUCUCCAAGACGGUUGGAAGUUCCUGUAUCUUUGCUCAGAAGUUGUUGUAUUUUUGCUAGUGUAACAAGUAUAAUUCAAAUAUUAUAGCCUCGUGCAUUGCUAUUAUUGUAAAUGGGAUGAUUUUCCCUCUCUUCUUCCGAUCAAUUUAUCUAGUUCUUACAUGUUCAGCUCGUCUUAUACUCAUUUUUAAGAGAAGCAAAAAUACAAUUAGUAUAUGUUUAUAGAUGGGGUUCAAGUGAUUUUGACAAAGUUGGCACUUGCCAGAGCAGG